AUGCAGCAAAAAGAGGGGAUAGACAUCAUGGGAGUAGAGAAAGCGAAUCCAUUCUUGAGUUUGUUAUCCUCCUUGACAGUGGAUGGAAAAACGUAUUCCUUCUAUGAUUUGUCGAAGCUCAACGAUCCGAGAUACGAGCGCUUGCCAUUUUCCAUCCGGGUACUCCUGGAAUCUGCAAUCAGGAACUGUGAUGACUUCCAAGUGACCAAGGCUGAUGUGGAUAAGAUCCUGGACUGGGAAGUGAAUCAAGACGACCCCAAAGGAGUCGACAUUCCCUUUCGUCCUGCCAGGACACUGCUGCAAGAUUUCACAGGAGUGCCAGCAGUUGUGGAUUUUGCCGCAAUGAGAGAUGCCGUGAAGCGCCUGGGUGGAGACCCCGAGUGCAUCAAUCCGGUGUGUCAGGCCGAUCUCGUCAUCGAUCAUUCCAUUCAGGUGGACUUUGCUCGAACGCCAGAUGCUUUGCAGAAGAAUGAAGAGAUGGAAUUCGAGAGGAACAAGGAGAGAUUCCGCUUCCUCAAACUGCUAGCAAAAAAGACACGUUGGCUAGGCACGACCGUGUCAUCGAAUGACAUCACUCUUGGACAAGCAGCUGGCAGCGGAACAUUGCAAACUAUGGGAGUGCUGAGCAGCUCAGCCUUAACAUGGCAUCAUGGGAUGCUGGAGGCCUCAGCAGAGCUAUGGGGAGCAAAGGCACUGAAGAAUAUGCUAAUAGUGCCCCCAGGGUCAGGGAUUGUGCAUCAGGUCAAUCUGGAGUACCUGGCUCGGGUCGUGUUCCAGUCGGACGAUGCUUCUUCUCCGUUGCUUUUCCCCGACUCCCUUGUUGGCACAGAUUCCCACACGACCAUGAUCAAUGGACUGGGGGUUUUUGGAUGGGGAGUUGGAGUUGAAUCCGAUAUUUCAGGAAUAGAAGCUGAAGCAGUGAUGCUAGGGCAGUGCAUCUCCAUGGUACUGCCUCCUGUGGUGGGCUAUCGCAUAGUCGGACAUCUGAAUCCCCUGGCCACUGCGACUGAUGUCGUGCUCACCAUCACGAAGCACCUGAGAGAAGUGGGAGUCGUGGGGAAGCUGGUCGAGUUCUUCGGGCCUGGAGUGGCAUCCCUAAGCAUCGCAGACCGGGCGACCAUCAGCAACAUGUGUCCAGAAUAUGGGGCUACUCUCGCCUUCUUUCCUGUCGACAUCAACACCAUGCAGUACCUCACACUAACUGGAAGAAAAGAAGCCAUCGGUCGGAUCGAAGCUUACCUGAAAACAGUGAAGAUGUACCGUCAAUAUGAAGAUGCGGCUCAAGACCCAGUCUUCUCGAAGGUGGUGGAGUUGGACUUGGGAACCGUGGUACCAUCCGUAAGUGGGCCAAAAAGACCACAAGACCGAAUUUCGGUAGAUGAGCUGAAGCAAGAGUUCCUCUCGAACCUAACCAACAAGGUGAGUCGAAGAAUUGAGAAUCGCCCUCAAGUUACGGAUGAAUCACACCCGGUGAUGGUGAACAACGUACACACCACCAUGAUAUGA